GGUGUGAGUGUCAUAUUUUUACCCCACCAUCAUCACCAAACACACCCAUCUCCAUUUCUUUAGCUUGACGCUUCUUAUCCAAUUUGGUCCCAGUAAAUCUGUGUACUACUCAUUGGCCACCACCGGAAAAGGGAGGAACAGAGAGAGUGGCGACAUUAUUAUAUCGCCCCUCCCCUCUAUAAGAUCGACCGGAUGGACUUGGGCAGACGCAGAGCGGGAGCCAAGACGGGCGUGGUUGCCGGGUCAGUGUGGGAGAGCAGGAUGAGGAGCGACGAGGUGAGGGGCGGCAUCAAGGUCUUCAAUGGCGACGACAAGGCGGAGGAGCCUGCCGAGAACGGUGGCGCCGGCGGCGGCAAUGCCGGCAGGACCAAGCGAGCCGGGCCUGUUGGCAGUAAGAGGAAGACGUCGAAACCCGAGAGCGGCGACGGUCCAGUCGUUCAGGUGCCGAGUGCGAGAGCGAGAGGUGAAUUGAGCAAGAACUGUGAUGAGGUGGUCGAGAAGAAGAGCCCGGCGGUGGGCAAGAAGGGCAAAAGGGACGCCGUGCCUGGUGCUGAUCAGGCGGUCCAGAGGAGCCCGGUUCAGGUGAGGAGAUCGAGAUCCGAAGGUACGAGGUGGUCGGUUGAGAAGAGUUCGGUUGAAUUGAGGAAAGUUAAGUCUGAUUCUGCCAAGGUUUUGGGUCAGUCAAGAAGGGAUAGCGAUGGUGGUAAAAGUGAAGAGAAUGCAGUACGGUUGAGUACGGCGAGCUCACAGCCACCCGUCGUUGUUGAUGGAUCGCGCCAAGAGAAGGAGGAGGAGGAGGAGCAGAAGGAGGAAGCGGAGAAGGAAGUAGAGGAGAAGGAGGAGGAGCAGGGGGAGGAGGAGGAGGAGGAGGAGGAGGAGGAAGCCAUUGAUGGAUCUGCUGAUGGAUACGAGGAAGACCCAGUUGGCGAGAGCAGAUCGGAUGAAAUUCGCCAGGAGGUCAUUUCGAGCAACGUGAUUCAGGUCAAGUCUGCUCCAAAAGAAGCACCUCGUGAAGAUGGUAACAAUAGCAAUGACAAUGCAGCCAACAAUUUGGCAGAAGAAGAAGAAGAAGAAGAAGAAGAAGAAUUUUCUGAAGGAUUAGAGGCAGAGGAAGGAGAAGGAGAGUUUGAUGAAGAUCCUGAGACUGAGCCCGAGAACAAGAGGCUGGAGAUCAAAGAGAUGGUAGUAGCAGAGGAAAAGACUAGUGAUGUCGCUGUGAAGGAAGAGACGAAGCCUGUCCAAGUCACUGAAAAGCCCAAAUCCAUUCCUCCGAUUGUGAAGAAACGGCCUUCUCCUGUUGCGGAGAGGCAGGCGAUAGUACACAGAAACAUUGCGACUCCAACUCCAAGCAAGAUCUUCACGUCCCCUUCUUCCCCCUCCUCCAAUAUCCAACAUAAACGGCCUCAAACCGUCCCAAGACGUUCCUCACUUUACCAGAAUUUGGUCGAAGGAGAAGAAGGAGAAGAAGGAGGAGAAGAAGAAGAAUUUUCUGAAGGAUCAGAUGAAGAGGAGGAGAAAGAGGGAGGAGAAGGAGAGUUUGAUGAAGGUGCUGAGGCUGAGCCCGAGAACAAGAGGUUGGAGAUCAAAGAGAUGGUAGUAGCAGAGAAAAAGACAAGUGAUGUCCCUGUGAAGGAAGAGACGAAGCCUGUCCAAGUCACUGAAAAGCCCAAAUCCAUUCCUCCGAUUAUGAAGAAACGGUCUUCUCCUGCUGUGGAGAAACAGGCGAGAGUACACAGAAACAUUGCGACUCCAACUCCAAGCAAGAUCGUCACGUCCACCCCCUCCCCCUCCUCCAAUGUCCAACAUAAACAGCCUCAAAUCGUCCUAAGACGUUCCUCACUUCACCAGAAUUUCGCCACCAAGACAAAUUCAUUUUCAGAGAAAUACCAGAGUGUUCCACAGAGGCAGAAUAAGUUGCAGAGUUUAGUGGAUUUGGUUAUGUGGAGAGAUGCAUCAAGAUCAACGUUGAUCUUCGGACUGGGAACGUUUGUCGUGAUCUCAUCCUCCUACACAAAAGAUAUAAGUUUCAGCUCCAUUACUGUAAUUUCUUAUUUGGGUUUGUUCUAUCUUGCUGCAAUUUUCCUGUACAGAUCCAUUAUUUGCAGAGGUUAUGUAGAUAUAGAUGAUAGCAGCUGUGUUUUGCGAGAGGAAGAGGCGAUCUGGUUGCUGAAAGUGGUGCUCCCUUACUUGAAUGAGUUCUUAUUGAAGCUCAAGGCUCUGUUUUCUGGAGAUCCAGGAACCACGAUGAAGUUGGCAGUGCUGCUCUUUGUUUUGGCCAGGUGUGGGAACUCCAUCACCAUCUGGAAGAUGGCAAAAUUUGGCUUUUUCGGAGCAUUCACCGUACCAAAAGUCUGCUCUUCGUAUUCCGGCCACAUCACUGCAUACGGUAAAUUUUGGAUACGACGCUUCCGAGAUGCUUGGAACUCAUGUUCUCACAAGAAAGCUGUGGCAGUGGGCAUCUUCACUCUUGUGUGGAACUUAUGUUCGGUUGUUGCGAGAAUUUGGGCAGUGUUCAUGCUGUAUGUGGCCUUCAGAUAUUAUCAACAGAAUCUAGUGAUAGAGGAUUGGGUUGAGGACGACGAAUGCGCAGACGACAAGUGUCAGGGGCAAGUAGGGGGGACCAAGAACAGUUGUGGGCCCAAAAUAGUAGAAUCUUCAAAGGGAAAGAAAGCCUCUUGAGAAUUGCGUUAACCUCUUAUAGGCCCAAUUACAAAGUGUCUUAUCUCAUGUGUGUAUCCACGUGAUGUGUUCAUGCUCAGCUUUUAUAAAAUAAAGUCAAAAGGAGAAAAAAAGAAAAGGUGUUGUGUGUGUUGUGCUAAAGCCAUGAUUUCGAUGAGUCAGCUUCACAAGAACAGCCUUUCUUUCUCUUUUCUUUUUUA